UAUCGUCGUCGUCAUCCCCGCCCGCCCCUCGACACCCAGCCGUACGAUCCGCAUCCCGGAUCCAUCCCAGCCGCCCGCCGGCUCUGCCACCCCUCCCCGGCUGGAUCCCCUUUCCCUUUUCGAAACCACCCUUCCUCCGUUCCUCGGCUCCUCCUUGCGGUGAGAAACACGGUGUCGCCCUCGAGGCUCGACCCCGACCUUUUCCUCCCCUCUUCUCUAGAUCGCGACGAGGCGGACUCCCCACUCCUGCUGCCCGGAGCGAAGCGGACCGCGUCCCCGCCGCGUGGCCUGAUCGAUCCCUCAGCUCUGCCGGUCGGGCCAAUGCUGCGUGCAUCGAGCUGCCGCUGAUCACGUUCUUCGCGGUUGCGGCCCCCAGUUUGUGCGGUGUGGCGUUGGCGGAACCUUGUGGAGGCUAGUUGCUCCAGGACUUUGAUAUUAUAGGGUUUAAUACUUGUAUAUUUUGAUUGUCACAAAUGUUGGAUGAAGUUUGACUUAUCUAUGGAAAUGGAUGACUCACAUGGCACCAUGGUUAAUAAAAGUGAAGAGAAUGACUUUGAAAAGAAAGGCACUUCUGAUCCUGUGGUUUAUCAGCUAGUUCGGGUUGAAGGUGAUGGAACACUUGUUCCUGCUACAGAGGAUGAUGUUUUGCAGUUUGAACAUUUCCUUCACAACGAGAAGGUUGAUCUUCCUCCUAUUGAAGAUGCAGACCAUGUGGAAGAGUUUUUCAACAAUGACUGCAUGUUACUGAAGAAGCCUGACUUGGAAGAUGGAUCUUCCAAAUUGGAGACUGUGGAAGCACACACACAAAAAUUGGGUGCCAACUUAGAGGAAAACAUAUUACAGUCAUUGGAUGAUUCCCUUAGUCCUCCCUCAGACUUUAGAAUUCAUAGUCAGCAUUCAGAUAAAUUGCUUACAGAACAAGGGGCAAACGUCACUCGACAGGACAAUGCUUCAACUGAGACUACAAAAUCGACAGUGUUAAAUGACUCUUGCUGUGCUGAAAAAUAUAAGGCUGAUGCCUGCUCAAGAUCUGUAUGCGACACAUCUACAGAUCCAUCUGUUUCGGGAGUUAAUAGUUCCAUGCCUGAUUUUUCCAUAUUAAGAGGAGAAGUCUGUUUGGAUGAUCUUACUAUUAGAGAACUUCAGGAGGCGUUUAGAGCCACGUUUGGCCGGCAGACUAAUGUCAAAGACAAGAUAUGGCUCAAAAGACGGAUUACAAUGGGCUUGACUAAUUCCUACGAUGUUCCAAGUUCAGGUUGUGUAGUUAAAGACUACAAAAUUGUUGGCAAGGAUGCCAAAAAUGAUAUGUCAGACAUGGAUGAAAGAGCUAAGACUGGGCUUAGAGCUACUUCUGUGGUUAUAUAUCCAGGAAACGAAGGGGACUCUCCAUCUAGCUCUUACUAUCAGAGCGAGGACCAGGAAGAUUCUUCCAAGAGGGUGCCGAUCCAUAAUGAUGAACCACAAGGAAAUCUGCUAGGCGAGCAAUGCACUGACAAGCGAACUAGAAAGCCAACAAAAAGAUACAUAGAGGAGCUAUCAGACAUUGAGACUCAUGACUCAACUGUAAAAAAUUCUUCACCAGCAAAAAGGCCUGCACAUGAUGAACUGUUAAUGAACCCGCGAGUAGCACCUUUCAAUGAGACUGGUUCUCUGGGCACAAUCUAUCCUACUAGAAAGGAUACCUUUGGAGGAUUUAGUGUACACGUUCCUUACGUUUCAAGGAUGAGAAGGGGGCGCCCUAGGAAGGACUUCAUUUCAUUUGCGGUAACAAUCUACGAUAAGGGACCCUCGGUUGAACCUAAAGGGAUUCAGCCAUCAGUUGAGAUGAUAUUAGUGAAGGAUGGUGACAAGGGAAACCACCUGAGGAAAGUACCUGAGGUUCCACUAAAGGUUAGUUCUGAGAACGAGCAUGCAGAAGCAGUUGAUAGCAAAGGGGUUCGGAACCUACAAGCAAAGGUCUGCAGUGCUGUUUCCAAGCCUAAAAUAAAGCAUGGUUUAACGCGGAAGCAUCAUCGAGCAUGGACAUUGAGUGAGGUCGUGAAGCUGGUGGAUGGUGUGGCUCGGUAUGGAGCUGGCAAGUGGUCUGAGAUUAGAAAACUGUCCUUCGCCUCGUAUUCCUACCGCACUUCAGUGGAUCUCAAGGAUAAAUGGCGUAAUCUGAUCAGAGCAACCCAGACACAGCUUCCGGCGCAAAAAGAUGGUGCCUGUCCACGGAAGACUAACCCUUCUAUCAUACCAAUACCACCAUCCAUUUUGUUGCGAGUGAAGGAGCUACAUGAGCUGCAGUCGCAAGGGGGUGGCUUCACAGCCCCAGUCAAGUUCUCUGGGCAGGACGGCAAGGUUCUACAGGGAAAAGGCUCGGGUUUUUUGUGAUCCGUGUAAUGCAGAUAUACGUGUACGCUUCUGGACGAUGUGGUAUAUAUGAGUAAAUAUUAUUUGAAGUAGGUGUAACCACGUUAUCCAUCACAAUGUUCUCUACACGCUGGAACAUGUGUAACUCAGGACGUCCAGAAAAUAUUGUUAUACUUAGAUAAGGGCAGACGUCUGUCGCCAUGUUUUCCAAACGUGUCAGGCGUACACAAUUUAAAAAGCAAAUGCAAAUCUAGACAGGAAGAGGAAAGUUAGAGUAAA